AGUGGGCGGGGAGGCACCGUGCGCCGGACAGGUGUGCCACUGCUGGUGGUCAUGGCUACUCGCCGAGCUCUGCACUUCGUAUUCAAAGUGGGAAACCGCUUCCAGACGGCGCGUUUCUAUCGUGACGUCCUGGGGAUGCAGGUUCUGCGGCAUGAGGAAUUUGAAGAGGGCUGCAAAGCUGCCUGUAAUGGGUAUGACACCUGGUUUCUUAACAUUUCCUUUAGGCUCUGAAUACCCCUGGAGAACAGAAAGCAGUUUCUCAAAGCCUUAUGAUGGGAAAUGGAGUAAAACGAUGGUGGGAUUUGGACCUGAGGAUAAUCAUUUUGUUGCAGAACUGACUUACAAUUAUGGCAUCAAAAACUACCAGCUUGGCAACGACUUUAAGGGCAUCACCAUCGCUUCUAGCCAGGCUGUCAGCAAUGCCAAGAAGCUGAAGUGGCCUCUCACUGAAAUUGCAGAAGGUGUUUUUGAAACCGAGGCCCCAGGAGGAUAUAAGUUCUAUCUGCAGGAUCGAAGUCCACCUCAGCCAGAUCCUGUACUAAAAGUAACUCUAGCAGUGUCUGAUCUUCAGAAGUCCUUGAACUACUGGUCUAAUCUGCUGGGAAUGAAAAUUUAUGAAAAAGAUGAGGAGAAGCAAAGGGCUUUGCUUGGCUAUGCUGAUAACCAGUGUAAGCUGGAGCUACAGGGCAUCAAGGAUGCAGUUAAUCAUGCAGCAGCUUUUGGAAGAAUUGCCUUUUCUUGUCCCGAAAAAGAGCUGCCUGGCUUAGAAGACUUGAUGAAAAGGGAGAAGCAGGAGAUUCUGACUCCCUUAGUGAGUCUGGAUACCCCUGGGAAAGCGACAGUACAAGUGGUCAUUCUGGCCGACCCUGAUGGACAUGAAAUUUGCUUUGUGGGGGAUGAAGCAUUUCGAGAACUUUCUAAGGUGGAUCCAAUAGGAAACAAGUUGUUGGAUGAGGCAAUGGCAGCAGAUAAAAGUGAUGAAUGGUUUGCUAAGCAAAUUAAACCUCAAUAGAAGACAUCACGUGGAACAAGCAUUUACGAUUCCUGUCCAUCACCUGCGAGGUUUGAUGUGUCCUUUCAUGAUAAAUGCUCUCACAACUUGGUUGUUUCCUGUAGAGGCAAGGAAGCUGGGGUUGUGAAGAUUUGUAUAUUUUAAUCUUUGAAAGCUCUGAUAUGUUUUAGGUAUAAAUCCUUUUAUUGUCAA